AAGGAUGGAUUUAAUCAGCACAGAAACGUAUAACCUUUGACUUCUAAACAUGGCCGCCAUGAAGAAAGUAGUAGUUGCUGCUGUUGUCGCUGCUUUUGCAGCUUUCAUUGGACACAGAUUUCUUAAACUAAAGGAAAUGAGCCUUGCUUCCAGAGAAGUACCCGUGAAACACCUCAACUGUCAUUAUUUAAACAAUAUUGAAUAUGGGGCAGAGGAUAUCACAAUACUAAGAGAUGGACUGGCCUUUCUAAGCACAGGGUUGAAGUAUCCGGGAGUGCCUUCACUCUCUGAUGAACCAGGGAAAAUGUACAUUUUGGACCUGCUGCACCCAAAGCCAACUCCAGUGGAACUGCAAAUCAAAGGAGGGCUGGACCUCCGCUCUUUCAACCCUCAUGGCAUCAGUGUAUACAUUGAUGAAGCAGAUGACUCUGUGUACCUGUUUGUUGUCAAUCAUCCUCAGCACAAAAGCCAAGUAGAGAUCUUUCAUUUUGUUCAGGAGAACACUCUUGUGCACCUAAAAACUAUUACCCACCCCCUACUCCACAGUGUAAAUGACAUUGUUGCAGUCGGAGUAGAAAGCUUCUAUGCCACAAAUGAUCACUCCUUUCCCAGUGAUGCACUUCAGUUUCUGACUCUGAUACUGGGUCUCCCCUGGUGUGAUGUGGUGUACUACAGUCCAAAGGAAGUGAGGGUGGCAGCCGAUGGCUUUCUGUCCUCAAAUGGCAUCAACAUGUCACCUGACAAACGGUACAUUUAUGUUUCAGAUAUCAUGGACCAUGAGAUAGAUGUUUUUGAGAGACAAGAAGGAGAACAGUUGGUGUAUCUUAAGUCUGUAGCUGUUGGGGCGCUCUGUGAUAACAUCGAGGUGGACCACAAGACAGGUGACAUAUGGCUGGGCUGUCAUCCAAAUGGCAUGAAGUUGUUAAAUUAUGACCCUCAAGAUCCACCUGGCUCUGAGGUCAUCCAGAUCAAGAACAUUCACUCAGAGCAGCCGGUGGUCAGCCAGGAGUAUGUUGAUAACGGCCAUGUGAUCAUGGCCUCCAGUGUAGCAGCUCCUUACGAGAGAAAGUUGCUAAUUGGAACUGUUUUCCACAAAGUCCUGUACUGUAAUUUGAAAUAAUCUGUGUAUUGUGUAUCCGUGGUCACUGCUGUUUUAGAUUAGAAAUGUUGUAAGAAAAAUUCAAAAAGUUGAAUACAAUAAUAACAUUCACUGCAAAGCAGGAAACCAUCUUAACAGUGCAGACUUAUAUUUUAUAGAGUCCUUUAAUAUAAUUUUCACAAAAUUCUGUUUUCCUGAUACAUAACAGUAUUUAUGAUACUUUGGUAGAAAACUCCCUUCCCACAGCAUAGGUUGAUUAGUUCCACAAUUUAGGAAGUUUUAGAAAAGUUAACCUUUUUCAUCUUUAUCUAUUAACACAUCUCCCUCUUCUACCUUGGCGAUCGUAAACCUAGUCCCCCCACCAUCAGGAUGCUGUACACUUUCCUCUUUUGUAGCAUCUUUGGUAGGUACAGUGAAGAUGAUACCAUCAGUUUCUGAAUCAAAUGCACAAGUGUCCUUGUUCUCCUCAUUAUCCGUCCUCAAACACUGUGCAGAUUCAUGGUCUCUGUUUCUGUUUCUUUCUUGUAUUAAAGAAUGCAUGUCUUCUUGUUCCCCUUUGUCCACGACAGCCUUUGCACUUACGAACACUUGGCUGAUGCUGAGCAUGCGUCUGUGCCGUGGCGAGUGAUCCAGGUUCUCGAUGUUGGUGGCCAAGAUGUCACUGCAGCUCUUAGAGCGAUUUAUGUUCUCUGCAGGCUUUAUUUUAUAUGUGGCUCCAAUUGCCUUGAUGACAGUGCUAUAGUCUUCCUCCUUCUUGAAGUUGAAGAUGUCAAUAGCUGUCGGCCGUACAUCUGGUUUGUGCUUCUCCUUUACAGGCGGAGGAUCCUCGUUAUCAAAGCGUCUGUGCCUGUGUCUUCUUUUCUUUAACACCUUGUGAGCUUCCACUACCAUGUUGACAUUCCAGCUGAAGAACAGAGACAGCCAGGCCAGGCCCAUGUAGAUCCAUAACUCUGCAAAUACUUUGUACAGUCUGGGGUAGACCCGGUUUGGAUUUACUCCUGAAAUGAGAGUUGAGGCACCGGUGUGACUUCUAUAAAAAGGAUUGAACAAACUGAAAUGUUCGGUCCCACAAAUAACCUCAGGGAAACAUUAACCUUAGAAUAAAUGAGUUACAUUAUACCAUAAAUCAAACCUACCGGCCACAUAAUCUCCAAAACCAACCGUUGUUAGUGUAAUGAAAGAGUAGUAGAGGCCUUCCAGGUAGCUCCAUCCUUCCAUAGACAUGAAAACAAAUGGAGGGAUCACCAGGUGCACCAACAGCCCCCAUAACAGGAAUAUGGCUGUACAGGUUAACUGCACCUUUUUCUGGAAGAAGCGAGAAAGGAAAAAACAUUUUCAUGCAAUGUCAAAAUAACUUGACGGAGCUGUCUUUUAAUACAGGAGUCGGGCAAAUACUAACUCCUGUUCUCAGUCACAUUCUUACCACUGAAAUGCCUUUACGGAUCAGAAUCUGGGAAAGACGUUUGGCCCGGUCUCCAAAGAAUGAACCCAGCUCGCUUAUCCAUACCAGACACAGGGGGAUCCCACACAGACCGUACAGGAUGCAGAACACACGGCCACCAUUAGUCCUGGGAGCAACGUUACCAAAACCUGUAGAUUACAAGAGGAAAUAUUAACACACAACACUGAGACAUAAAAGGAAUACUUUAUACGGGAUUAUACAAGGUAACCAUUGGCUUUAUUAAUGGUUAAUAAGUCAUUAAUUAAUCCUUCAUAGAUGGAAAUAAAGCAGUGUGGAUAACAUUGGGGUUACCAGGUGUAAAAUGGCUAUUUGGUCUCAUCCUCUAGUAUUGUACAUGCUUUUUCUUUUUAACUUGUUAUUCAUUUUGCAGGAAGACCCUUCCAAUGCACAGUUCACAAAUCAUGAACUACAAAAACAUCUGCAGAUUUUUUUAAAUAAAAAAAAACAUUGUAGGGUUAGGGUUACCAGUUAUUAUUAUUAGCAGUUAUUGAUGUUAGUAAUUAAUUAAUCAGGGUUUUGGGUUUGGUAUCUAUAAAGUAUAAGUCUACAACAAUUUCAAGUGAUGAAAAAAGUUGUUCUGUUCUUUAUGACUAAAAUAUAAAGCACUCUGAAGUCUUUGCAAAAUGCAUUUAUGAAAUGGCUAGUUAUCUAAUACUCACUCACAAAAAGUCUGU